AUGAGAUAUGCUUUUAUAAUAAUCUAAUUGAAUACACUAAAAUUUUUUAUUAAUUAGUUAAGUUAAGAUAAUUUUAAAAAUAUUCUUUGUAAAUUGAACGCUUUAAAAAUUAAAAUCAUGUAUUUAGUUUUUUUAAUCAAUUAUGAGAAUCUUCAGUAUGCUAUUCGACUAAAUAAAAUUUAUCAUUUUCUUGGUCAUAUAAUAUUUUUUUACCAGAAGUAGAACGGAAAAUCUUGUCAUAGACAGUUUCUAAAAACUCAACUUUUUAUGUAUCAAUACCUUCUAAAUGGGUGUAGUGAUGGUCUAUAUUAUAGAUUAAUAUAUUUUUAGCAGCAUCCACGUUUUCUGCCCAUCUAAGAGAAUCAUACAAUUUUGUCAUUAUUUCUCUCAUGUCUCCUUUUUCAGAAAGACUAAUGUACUUCAUGCACUUGUCUUUUAAGUGCUCUGUUUGGUUUUUGUAAUCAAAUAUAAUAGACUCUUUUAUGUUAAUAUCAUUAAGCAAAGGAUACUUUAAGUCUUACUUAUCAUCACUACUUCUUAAGUGGAAUAAAUAACAAUUUAUAUAAGGAGAGUAAUGCUUUAAUAAUUAUCCAGGAGCUUCAGAAUGUAUGUGUUCAGCAACUUUAUUUUCUUUCUUUUUUUUUACUAUAGUAAUCCUAUCUUUAAACUAAUCACUCUUAGAAAUAGCUUAAGCUAUUUACUCUCCACUCAAGCUACCAAAUCUUAAAAUAACUAAAUUAAAUUUACUAUUUUCUUGCUAAUUGCUACUAGCUAUUUCUUCUAUUUUAACUACUGUGCUUUCAAUACCAAAUUCACAAGAAGGAAGCUCUUAGACUGGAUCGUUUAUAAUUGAAAUAUUUUAAUCGUAGAAAUCAUUAAAAACAUGAACUGCACUUGUAGGAGAAACAUGAGCAAAUAAAUUAGCACUUGGUGCAGCUAUGGGUCUUUGUGCUAUUCUAAUUAAUCUUCUAGCAACUUCAUGCUGAGGGCAUCUAAUUCCUACAAAAUCUGUCUAAGCUGUGA